AUGGGGAGUAUCUCUCAUCAAGUCUACCUGCUAGAUCGAGAUGAGGCGGAGACUAAACGUCUCAAUAACCAACAUCGCUUUCUCGUCGAUCUCUCCAAUCUCAUUCACCCGUCUAUUCCAAGUGAUCUCACAGCAGUAGCUGAUAUAGGCACUGGCACAGGCGUCUGGCUCGAAGAUGUCGCCGAAGUCCUCCCCAAUAAGUCAGUCUACCUCCACGGCUUCGACAUCUCCUCAGACCUAUUCCCACGAGGCCACCAAAUCCAACGACCUGGCCAAAAGCCAAUCCCACUAAGUGUCCACGACGCACUGCACCCAUUCCCAGCAGAGCACCGUGGCCGAUACGACCUCGUGCACAUCCGACUCCUAACAGCAGGCCUGAAACAAGCAGAUUACACACGUGUUCUCACCAAUGCGCGCGCUUUACUAAAACCAAACGGCUGGAUCCAAUGGGAAGAAGUCGACCACACGGCUUUCUGCACAAACGCAACACCAGAACUACCAGCAAUAACCCGGCUGCGGGAAUGCGUGAUCGAGGCCAUGCUGAAACUAGGCCUGUGGCCGUUCGCUCCGCAGCGCGUGUACGACGAGAUCUCUGCGAACGGGUUUGCCGACGUCGUCCGUGAGACGUACACCACUGCCGGGAAGGAGGAUAUGCAACCUAUUGCGAAGAAAUGGGUUGCUGGUGUGAUGCGUGCGCUGGUGCCGCCUUCUAUGGUUGCUAUCGGGCAAGCUGAGGAUACCACGCAGGCACAUGGGAUUGUUGAGGGGUUGGUUCGGGAGUUUGAGGCUCAUUGUGAGUCUGCGACGGCGCUGGUUAACUUUGGGGUUACGGUUGGUAGGAGGGUGGAUUGA